AAAAAAUAGCAUACGUGAUUCUUCUCACAAGCUUUUGCCGCGUAGAGGUUUGCCGGCACGUAGAUAUAGCCCCUUCGCCGGAGGGAAAUAGAGAGAGAGAGAGUGAAGCGGCCACCUGUAGUAAAGGCAGUCAACCAGAGUCUCCGCGAAUUCUCCUCUCUUAAGCACAUACUCAAAUCGUCUCAUCUUCAACAGCUUUUCUUGACCUCGUGGAUGUGAUCCGAAAUGAAUUAGGGUUUCUUAGUUUGAUUUCCUUUCCCGAAGUUUUGUCCGGAGGAAUUAAACUAUCAUUUGUCCAUGGGUAAAAAUUCGAAGAAUGGCGGAUGUAAGUCCUCGUCGCAUCAUCUGUACAAGGACAGGGCGAAGAAUCGAGUGGAAGAUCUUCAUGGUAUGUUCACGGAUCUACAAUCUGCAAGGAAAGAGAGCCGCACGAUUGAUGUGGCCGUACUGGAAGAGCAGGUUCAUCAGAUGCUCCGCGAGUGGAAGGCUGAACUCAACGAGCCAUCUCCAGCUUGUUCAUUGCAGCAGCAGGAAGGAAGUCUGGGUUCCUUUUCCACUGACAUUUAUAGGCUCCUCCACCUCUGUGAGGAAGAAGAUGAUGCUACUAGUGCUCUAGCUGCUCCAAAGCCUGAACCAGAUAAUCACAAAGUUGGGUUUGGCAAUGGCUCUAUGUUUCAAGAGGUGGGGUUCCCUAUGAAUCAUGGAUCACGGCAACAAGAGUUUCAGUUGGGACCUCAAUGCAAAAGCUUCCCUUCAGGAGUUCAAAAUAUAGGGGUGAAUAAUUUGGAUUUUGCAGCUCAAUUGGACUAUCAAACAUAUGAGUUGCACCAAGAUGAUAAUCCCAAGUAUUUUAGUUUUGAUGACAUGGCUCUAUAUCGAGAAGAUACUCCUGCAUGUCACAUUCCUGGUUUCUUCCAAAACAUUUGUCUUCCACCUUCAGCUUUCUUGGGUCCUAAAUGUGCUCUUUGGGAUUGUCCAAGGCCUGCUCAAGAAUGUCAAGUAUAUUGCAGUACCUUUCAUGCUGCACUAGCACUAAAUGAGGGUCCACCUGGUAUGACUCCUGUCCUGCGACCGGGUGGAAUUGGUCUGAAAGACGGUUUACUGUUUGCUGCCCUCACUGCAAAAGCACAGGGAAAAGAUGUAGGCGUUCCAGAAUGUGAGGGAGCAGCAACUACUAAGUCCCCGUGGAAUGCUCCUGAGCUCUUUGAUCUUACUGUUCUGGAAGGCGAAACAAUUAGAGAAUGGCUAUUUUUCGACAAACCUAGGAGAGCAUUUGAGAGUGGGAACAGAAAGCAGAGGUCAUUACCAGAUUAUAAUGGUCGUGGUUGGCAUGAGUCGAGAAAGCAAAUAAUGAAUGAAUACGGGGGACUUAAGAGAUCCUACUAUAUGGAUCCACAGCCAAGGAAAGAUUUUGAAUGGCAUCUUUACGAGUACGAGAUCAAUAAAUGUGAUGUUUGUGCUUUGUAUAGACUGGAAUUUAAGCAAGUUGAUGGGAAGAAGACUACUAAAUCAAAGGUAACAACAACCGAUUCAGUUGUUGACCUGCAGAAACAAUUGGGAAGGCUUACUGCUGAAUUUCCGAACCGUAAGGGUGGGGGAAAGAUGAAGACAAACUUGAAGAAGGUGGUUGGUGCUGGAAAUAUUUAUAAUACCACAACACCAAGCAGAAGAGUGAUGCCAGCGGAUGAAGGAUUUGAGUAUGCAACAACAACAAGAACAACAGGAACAGGUCCACCACCAUAUAAUAAUAAUAAUAAUAACUCUCUUGUUGAUAAUUUAAAUGGUUAUUAUAUAUAAUGAAAUGAGACGAGGAGAUUACUACACCAAGGAAUAAGGGUAAUACAAUCUUAUUAACAUUGUCAUGUAAAUCCCCACCAAUAUUAGACUAUAUCUAAGCAGCUGAACCUGUUGGCUGCAUACAGAUUUUCUCCUUUUCAUAUUCUUCAAGCGGAGAUUAUGUUAAUAUGUAAAUUGUCAUUUGGAGGAGCUCUUUGCAUCAUUAUUAAAACGCAUGUUUAUGAUGCUUUAUUGGGGGGAAAUGUUUUUCUGAUGGCAGUAUAAUUGAAAUCUUUUUUAUUA